CUAGAACAAAAUGUCUUGUAUUGUUGUCUCUUGCGAUGGGAAUUUGUGAAAGAAAAUUCAUCCUGGGUUGCCGUGAUAUUCAUUACAAUAGGAUUUCCUGAGUGGGGAGGGGCUGAGCCGCUGGGCUGGCUGAAUGAGGGAGACAGUGAGGGGAGACCAAUGGGCAACUGUUUCUCUAGAGGGAAGGGACGCCCUCCACCCCAGGCUGAACGAUCGGAAAAUUACGGCCCAGCAACUCAGAAACAGACACAAGAAAUCAACUGGGACAUGUGCGCCGACCAAUGUGUGAACCAACGUAACGGAAACAGUCUCAGCGAGCCUGUGCGCGAGAAAAGUGUUCGGACGUUUUACACCAGAGUGGGACGCGCGUCGGACGUGAAAAUCGGCAAGACCGUGUCGGAAAAUCGUAUCAAUAAUUUGUUCGACAUCUACAAAGACACUGAUGAGGAAAUCCAGGCGGAGGGCAUUGAAAGGCUUUGUGCGGAUUUGAACCUAUCGCCAGACGAGUACCGUGUGCUGCUGCUCGCGUGGAAGCUGGACGCAUCGCAGAUGUGUCGGUUCACACGGGAGGAGUUUGUGAAGGGGUGUCGUGCGAUGCACGUCGACUCGCUGAAGGGAAUACAGAACAAACUGGCGGAGUUGGAGACGGAGGUUAGAGAAGACCAGACGGUGUUCAAGGACCUGUACAGGUUCACGUUCAGGUUUGGCCUGGACUCUGCGGCGGGACAGAGGAUACUAGCGGCAGACAUGGCCAUGGACCUGUGGAGACUGGUGUUCUGCGGACAGGAACCGGCUAUACUGCAGCGGUGGCUCAGGUUCCUCCAGUGCCAUCCGCAUAUCCGAGGCAUCCCACGAGACACGUGGUACAUGUUCCUCAACCUAGCGGAGGCAGUGGGCGACGACUUGUCGACCUACAAUGACGCAGAGGCGUGGCCGAGCUUAUUUGACGACUUCGUAGAGUUUGAAAAUGACCAGGCCAACCAGAACAUCAGCAAAGAAAAGGAACAAGUUAUAAAAGCUGAGUGGGACAGUUAGGUAAAUUCAAUGUCUGGCUGUUGGUAACUUUGAUAUCUUUACAGUGAAAAUAGUAGUUUUAGCCCUUCUCAACAGGGUGAGAAGGCAAAAAUGUGAUGAUGGCAAGCGUAUUUUAUGCAAGUGCUCCAAAUAAAAGGUAUAUAUAAAAUAAAUCAAUACAAUUAUUCUUGUUUGUUAAAAAUGAUAACUUUGAAAGCCUGGGGGCAGAGCUCUUAGAGACUUAAAGAUUAGAAAUAAGGUAGAACCUUUCUAGGUAUAGAUACAACAAAUUCCCAUAGUUUUGGACUGAAUCAAAAUAAAGAACUAAAAGACAAUUUUUUUUACCUACCGUAUGCAAUAGAUUCUGAUUUUAAAGUAUGAUUUUUUUAAGUAUGAUUUUUGAAGUAUGAGUAUCUAAUCCUGCAGGAAUCAGUAGUAUCACAUUUUACGUAGUGAACAAUUUUCAAAUGGUUAUUGCGCAAUUAGAAACGUUUAAUUGAUCAGAAUCAUAAAGUUUACCAAAUUAAGGUAUUUAAAAAAAUAAUUCGCCUCCCAAUGUAAAAGCUUGCUGUUGAAAUAAUUAGCUUUGAGGUGGAGGCUUGGAGGCUCCGUUUUUAUUUUUAUCGUCGGCAAAAUUUACAAUUAAGAUCAAUUACCUGUAAGUGCCUGCAACUUUUAGUUUGAUUAUUCCUUUAAAGACAUUUAAAUUACAAACUUUUAUUAAUAAUAACCAAUUUGUCUCAGAGUAUAUUUGAUCUUUAUGACAUAAUUAAAAGUGUUUGACCUAAAUGCUUUCUUUUAACAAACUACAGUCAUGUAUUAUCAUACCCUUGAACUUUUCUUUAUAUAUUAUAGGAUAGGCUAAAUUUAUGAACUCCUUAUUGAAGUUUUAAUUUUUUACUUGCAUAACUAUUUCUAUGUGUCAAACUUACAAACAGCCAGUAAACACUUUGUACUAUGUGUGUUCACGAUUUACGAAUGUCCGUUAGAUUAAGCUUUUGCCAAAUUCGGUACAGGAUGCUGUUAUGAGCAAGUAUAGCAAUUUUUUAUAGUUGUGUUUUUAUGAAUCGUAAAGUUUUACAAAAUCUUAAUGGUUGUAUAGUUAAUUUUCGUAGCAUUGACUGCAGGUAGGUUCUAAUAAAGUGAUUUCAUUGCUUGGCAUGAAUAGCCUAUGUUUGUUUUAUUGUGAGUUAGUAUUCAGAGUAGUAGUUAAUGAAAAAAUGUAUUCAUUGAUGACUAACAUCGUCGAUUGAGUCUGGUUUAAAAAAUGAUAAGCUAAGAAGUGGUGGUUGAUUCUUUCAUACUCCAUCAAUUAAUCCUAUUAAAGGCAGGCCAACUCAUUUCAGUCUAUCUCACUUUAAAGCGGCCAUAAAGUUUGCAAUGCCAAUGAGAUUUCAGCUUUACUAUCCAUAGUCAAUGCGGUAAUAAGCAUAACCCUUUAAUUUUAUCGACGUUGCAUAGUUUACUUAUUCUACUGCCAUGUGUUGUUUCUUUUAGGCUUACACGGUUUUAACCAAGCUUUUAGAAAGAUGUAAAGAAAACUGUGUUUCUAAAUGAUAAGUUUAUUGUGUUUAAUAGACCUAGUCAUUUUCUAUACGUAGUUAAAAUUUUUCUUCCCAACAGUGAACUGCUCAGUUUUAGUAAUUAGGGCAAAUGUUGAUGUUUCAUCGAACCCUAAAACGUGAUAAUAUUGGUUGACAGAUCAUUUAAUAUUAAUCAUUACUUUUUUGUUGUCUUGUGUUGUUGUUUUUGUAUUCAGAAAUAUGUACAUGUGGUAAAACCGUAGUUUAAUUUAAACUUUGCACUUAGAUCUCGCUUACUCUUUUUUUUGUUUUCCUGUAAAUCUUUAAUCUUUUGUACAGACGUGUAAAGUUUUAUUUAUUGUUUUUAUAUUUUUUAGCUUAGUGUGAUCUAGGGGAAUUCAUAGCAUGACAAAUUAUUCUGGUGUAUUUAGCUUUAAAUUGGAUAGUUUCCUGUUAGUAAAUACCACCACUUAUUUGGUCUUUAGGUUGUGUAGUUAAAACCUGAAGACAGUAUUUUUAUUUGUUACAAUCGGCAACUAAGCCUAAACCUUGAACAUUUGAUUUAUGACCUUUUUUGUGCUAUACUGUUACUAGUAUCACAAUAAAUUAACCCUUAGUACUCCCUACACUGCCUCACAAAAGUAUUUAUUAUUUUGAUAGGAUUUGUUCUUAAUUAGUCUCAAUUGACGGAUCUAGAAACCAAACUGAGUAGUGGUAUGAAAAAAAUGAAUAGGGAGAAAUUCCAAAAAAGGUUAAUCUAGGUAAAUUGUGUUUGCCAAGCUAAGUUUUUAUAAUUUCAGCUUCAACCACAAAAGUGCCCUUUGCAAGGUGUAAGGAAAUUGUACAGCAUUUAAUUUUAUAGUUUUUUUAUUUGGGAAUUUUUAUUUAACUUAGCAUUUUUGGAUAGUGUUGAAAUGUUAGUGUAAAAACAUUAAUUUAGUGCACUAGACAACUUAACCCAUGGGGAAGAGAAAGCUCUUUUUUAAAUAAGGAAAAAUUGAAUUCAAAGCUAAUUUACGAGAAACAUUUUAUUAAAUUUAUAUACGGGUAUCGUAUGUAAUAUACCCAAAAUCUGACUGCAUAAGGUAUAUAAAUACAUUAAUCUAUAAGCGUUGUGAUUCUUUACUUUGGGUGAUUUUUUGUUUAGUUAUUACCUUAGGGAGUCGAUUCUAUAUGAACAAUCAAUAAUGGUCUUUGACAAUAAUUUUACUUGAAAAAUUUACUAGUUUUAAGUUUGAAUCAAUUGCUUGUUUGUUUCUCAGAACAAAGACUUAACCCAGAACUCUUAACAAAGCAAUAAAAAACAACGUUGCUGGAUGGGCUAAACUUGAGGGUGGUAGGAGAGAAAACUGAAAUUACUAGACUGUUGCCAUCAGCUGAUCCAGUGGCGGAUCUAGAACAGUCACAAGGGGGGGGGGGCGAACCGGGGGGUU